ACUCAUGCAUUUCUGUAUCUAUAAAAAGGUCAUCCCAAGACAUGAGGUCUCAACAACAUACUCACUAGCUCAACUCUUCUCUCCAUCGAAGGGUGGUGUGGAUUAAUUCUUGAGCCACACAAUGGGGAAGUACGCACUAGUGACAACAUUUGUCCUCCUCUUGAACUUAGGUGCAUUGCUCACUUCUCUAGCUAACUCCUACUGUCCUCCUCCUCAAUACCCUCCCAAAUUCCCACCCAAACAUCCCCCCAAAGUGAAGCCCCCAUUCCACCCUCAGCCCCCCAAACACCCUCCCCAUGUCAAACCCCCCAAGCCCCCCGCCGUCAAGCCCUCUCCGCCUUACGUCCCCAAACCGCCCAUCGUCCACCCUCCUUACAUACCUAAACCCCCUGUCGUACACCCUCCACAACAUCCCAAACCACCUCCCUACACCCCAAAACCGCCAGUCGUAACACCACCACCGUACAUUCCAAAACCACCGGUCGUGACACCACCACCGUACGUCCCAAAACCGCCAGUCGUGACGCCACCACCGUACACUCCCAAACCACCGGUCGUGACACCUCCUCCGUACGUGCCGACUCCACCGGUGGUUAAGCCUCCGCCAAGUACGCCAGCGCCGGUGGUACCUAAACCUAGUCCACCAAGCGAGACACCGUGCCCACCGCCGCCGCCGUCGCCGUCGCCGCCGCCGCCGCCGCGGACGUGUCCCAUCGACACGCUGAAACUCGGCGCAUGCGUGGAUGUUCUCGGCGGCCUCAUCCACAUCGGGAUCGGCAGCAGCGCCAAGGACACCUGCUGUCCGGUGCUGCAGGGACUGGUGGGCUUGGACGCCGCGCUCUGCCUCUGCACCACCAUUAAAGCUAAGCUUCUCAACAUCAAUAUUAUCCUUCCCAUUGCUCUUCAGCUUAUCGUUGACUGUGGUAAGACUGCUCCGCCAGGGUUCCAGUGUCCCGCAUAGGAAUGAGUAACGUACUUACACAACUUGGUUGGAUAUUAAACAAAAAAAAAGUUUAUCAAUUAGUGGCUUUUAUCAAUUAGGACGUGUUAAUAACUUGUGUGUCAUGAUCGAAGAAGAAUAAUACAAGCUUGUGGUAGAAAGGACUAAAUAAGCUGCAUAAUUUCUUGGAUCGUUUUGUUUAUGUUUUUCUGAGGUUUAUGAAUAUUAAUGUCACAACAAUAUCUCACUGAAUAUCGAUCGGAUCGGUAUGCUUUGGGAAAUCAGUGCCUCUGUAAUUGAAAUAUUGUACGUCAACAUGUUUUCCUUGUUUGCAACUGUAUUUUUCAC